UCUCGUUGUCUCUGAUAGACCUGAAGGUGUUUGUCUGACCUGAGAUCAGUGAGAUGUGUUGAGAGCUCUAGCCGAAGUCUUAAUUGCAAGAGUAAUGAAGAGGAGGAGCUUUAAAACUGCACUCAGAUCAGAUGAGCAGCACUUAUAUUGAGUUAUUGUGUGUGUGUGUGUGUGUGCGUGCGUGCGUGCGUGCGCGCGCGCGCGUGCUGCUAUGUCUGUGUGUGUCUGCAUGAUGUGUUUGUGUAGUUUCAGUGAGAUUCAGAGAAAGAAGGACAAUGUCUCUUUGUUUCUUGAUUCCCAUCAGUCUGCCUGUAUUUACACUCCCUGCAAUCUGGAUUAUAUAUGCCAUAGCCCUGAACAAUCAACACAUCUGUCCUGUUAAUAACUGGCUUUAUAACUCAUCAUGUAAGACUCCUUUAGUCUUUCAGAGCACUUCUGACCUCUGCUGCACAUUAGACAACAUCCCACUUCUGAGUAAAUGUGGUGGUGUUCCUCCAGAGAGCUGCUGGUUCAGUCUGUUGUGUACGGCUUCAUCAUUCAUGGUGAUUGUGAUUGGUCUGCUGCGGUAUGCACAGGUGAUUCAUAAGCAGAACAACAGUGUGUUGAACGUUGAGGGACUUUGUGCUGGUUGGCUCUGUGCUGCUGGACUGCUGAUCGUAGGAAACUUUCAAGUGGAUCAUGCUAAAGUUUUUCACUAUGUUGGUGCAGGUUUGUCUUUUCCUGGCAGUCUGUUGUUUGUGUGCGUCCAGACGCUGUUGUCGUACCGUACAGCUGAAACACACAGAGAUUUACACGUAGCUCAUCUGAGACUGACGCUCACCACACUGGCAUUGACCUCCAUCGUGCUCAGUGGUGUAUUUUUUGUUCAGGAAAGUUUUAUUCUCCAGCAUGGAGCUGCAGUAUUGGAGUGGUUGUUUGCUCUCAUCAUUCUGCUGUUUUACGGCUCGUUCUCACACGAGUUCAGCUUCAUAUCUACAGAAACACUCGUGAGUGUAUUGAGAAGACAGACUUCUUCUGAAAAAGACCAAACACUGGACAAAUCACAGCCAAAAGUCUGA